AUGUCAACACCACCAUCUACCCACCCCACCGGGCCGCUAAAUCUCCUCCGCCCCCUCCUCCUCAUAAGCUACUCCGCCUUCUACGCCAUCCCAACCAUAAUCAACCUCCUCAUCACAUUCAACCUCAACCCCUUCUUCAGCUUCGAAGCCUUCAAAGACGAAUGGUUCGCCCGCUUCUGGGCCUUCUUCGGGCCCAAAUCCCGCGAGAACGCAGAACCCAAAGUCAUGCCUUUGCUCCAAAACAACGCCCGCGGCGUUUGCCUCGACAUUGGCCCUGGAUCCGGGCAGUGGCUGUACAUGUUCGCCAAGGCCAAAAACCCGGAUAUCACGAAGAUCUAUGGCGUGGAGCCGAAUUUUGCGCUGCAUGGCGCGCUGAGGGAGAAUGCCGAGAAGGCCGGGUUGGGAGGGGUUUAUGAGGUUAUUGGGUGUGGCGCGGAGGAGUUGAGUACCAAAGGGGGUGUGCAGCCUGGGACGAUUGAUACGAUUGUGACGGUGCAGUGUCUUUGUAGUAUUCCGACGCCACAGAAGAUCAUUAAGGAAUUGUAUCCGUUGUUGAAGCCGGGUGGCCGGUGGUUGGUCUAUGAGCAUGUCAAGACGAAGUAUCAGGGUGAUUUUGUGGAUUAUUGGCAGAAGAUCAUCGACUACGUCUGGCCGCAUUUCUUCAAUGGCUGCAACGUGACAAGGCCCUCUGAUGAGUGGCUUCUCCAAGCAGGGGAGUGGGAAGAGGUGAAUCUGCGUCCGGGAGAUGGCGAAGGGCCUUACGAUACCCUGCCGCACAUCAUCGGCACACUCACGAAGAAACAAUUCGAACCCCUGCAGCAGUGA